UUUAUUUUAGGGUAGAUGAUGAGGGUGACAUUUCACACUGGGCAGGGAGGGGUUGGUGGGAAAAUGGACUGGUCAGUCAUUAACUUUAUUGUCCCCUUAAUUAUCCCAGAAACAUUUGUUAAACAGCCUCUUUCAAAUGUCUCCUGAUUUGAAAUGCCACAUGCCACAUUCAUCACAACUCCAUUCCCUGUAGAUGUUGGUCUGUAUUUGAGCUUUUCCCCUUCUGUUCUGUUCCUCAGUGUCUCUUCUGGUGCCAGGGCCACAGCAUUUUGUGAUUGUUGCUCUUCGCUACAAUGUAGCACCCACUGAAAGCCCUGGCACCUUGCCCUUUGUUAUUCCUUUGUUAUUGUGGAAUAACAAAGGAUCAGUUCCUCCAGCCAGAGACCAACAACUGUUCUUACUUGGAGCAUCUCUUUGUCUCUCUCCGUCUCCCUCUCUCUCUGUCUCUCUUAUCUGUCUCUUUGCCUCUCCCCAUCUCUGUGUUGUUUCUGUCUCUCUUGUUCUCUGUCUUUGACGUUCUGCUCCUGUGGGUUCCUUGUCCUCACUGUCUCUCCUUUCUCAUUAUCUUUCUCAUUCUCUUUGUUUCUCUCUCCGAGUGUCUAUCCAUCCCUCCCCAUGUCUCUCCCAUCUCUCUCUGUAGCUCUUGUCCUCUGGGUCUCUCUUUGUCUCUCUCUAUCCCUGUCUCCAGCCAUUCCCCUGGAUAGAAGGGCAGUUAUCAAAUCAAAGGCCUGCAGACACCUAGCCGCUCACCCAGACACAGAGCACAAGGCCACUGGCCCUCAUCCACUCCACACUCCUCCCCUUCGCAGCAUACAGAGGGGUCAGGUUGAGGCCAGGACAUGGGCAGGACGACUCCAUGAAGCCCUCACAGAGACACAGUGGCAGAGUUGAGACCCGAGCUCAGAUUCCGAGACUCUUAGAGGGGCCCUGGCUCUGUCUCUCUCCCCAACUGUAGGCCUCAGACUACUCCUCGGCAUCCAUCACAGGCACAGGGGGACCCUGGGCUGCCUCCCAUCUGCUGCCGUUCCCCCUUCAGCCCUCUCACGAGUUGGACCCUUAGGGUCACAGUGUGGGGCCAGCCUCACAAGAGCUAGGCUGGGUGGGGUCCCAGGGCCCCAUGAGUCAGGAAGCCUCAUGGCCAGAGGGUGGUGAUACUAGAGGGACAUCAGUUGUUCUGUUUGAGUCUGGCUGUGGACAGGGCUCAGCCAUGUCCCCAGAGUUGGCAUUGGUCCCUGGGACUCUAUCCCGGAGCCCCUCCAGAGAGCCUGAUGGUGCACUCUCUACUGGCAAAAACCAGGGCCUUUCCUGCUCCCAUGAGGUCCUAGCCAAAGGUGUGCUGGCCUCAACGUCCCCUUUCUUCCCUCCCCCAUCUCUGGCAGAGUGGCUGUGAGUCUGGGAGCUUUGUCCCAGAAUGGACCAGAAGACAGACCCUUCACGGGUCCAUCUACUGAUCACUGGCAUUUCAUUAAGCAUUUAGCAGGCAUUAAAUUUGGAAGAUGGGUACUAUUACUGUUUCAAUUUACAUAUGAGCCUGAAGACAGUUACAGCUGGUUAGUGUCAGAGCCUGGUUCCAGGCUGGGGGAAGCAGAGAGGAUGAUUCUGACCUUCCUGCUUUCCCAGAACUUAGGAGGGAGGCCGAGAGGAGGCUUGCUGCAAUUCCAGGCCUGGUAGGCAGGAGGCACUGUGAACUUCAGGAAGUUCCAGUGAAUUUGGGCACCAGGGACGUUGGCCUUCACAUACUGAGAAGUUGAGCCCAUGGACUCCACAGCGUCUGUGGGUUCGAGAUUCUGGGAUCCUUUGAAUCUAAGAAAUAACGUUCUAUGAUUCUAAGGUUCUGGCAUAGCACCAUUUGAAGACUUCGAGGGCCCCAGUCUCUGUGGGGUCUGCAUGGCACUCCCCAAGCGUCAAACCUUGGGCCUCUCCAUGGCCCAAGAAGGGCCAGGUCUACAGGGCCCAGGGUUCGUCAUGGUGGCCAGAUGGAUGUCACUCACCACAUCCGCCAGCACCCACAUCACCCCACCUGGGCCAAACCAGCUGCAGGACGGGAUGGCCAAUUCUCGGAAUGAAACCCGUGGGGUGGGGUACCUGCCCCCUUCUUUUCCUCCUUGGUACUGAUGAAGCCCAGUGCAUCCGGCCGCCAUGACGUCAAUGGCAGAAAUAUCUGGGGAAGUCGGGGGCCGUGACAGCAGGGCUCAGAUGCAGACCCCGAUACGAAAAUACAAUCUGUGUCCCAGAAACAUCCUCCAUGUGGCUUCUGAGAAAUAGUCAGAAAGGGACGCCCCAACAGACAGUGCAGGAAGCCGGCUGCCCAGUCUGGCCCUCCAGGUACCCCACCACCAGACAGACCAUAUCCACGGCCCCUUUCUGAGAAUGUAUCUAUGCUACCCUGACUCAGGUGGUUCCAGAUAUAUCUGGGGAAGUGGUUUCUUACAUGCUGUGGACAAGGGUCCAGGCGACUGGAGAACCGACCACAAGCUAGCCUUGUGGAGUAGGCCAGAGUGCUGGGAAACAUUCAUGCAUCCACCAAAAUCGGUACUGGUUUGCUCAGGUCUUCUGUGACAAAGUACUACAAACUAGGUGGCUUACAACAAUAGAAAUGGUUUGUCGCACAGUUCUGAAGGCCGAAGUCCAAGAUCAAGGUGUUAGCAGGGGUGGUUCCUCGUAGGGGUAUGAGAAUCUGUUCAUGCAUCUUUCAUAGCUUUGGAUGGUUUGCUGGCAGCCUGAUGUCCCUUGGCUCGUUCAAGCCUCACCGUGAUCUCUGCCUGCCUUCAUCCACUCAUUCAUUCACUCACGUCUUCAGGGUCUUCAACACUCUCUGGCCCUUGUUCUGAGCCUCCAUAGACCCAGGCUCUUAAUUCUCAGGCAGUAAUGUCCAAGCCCCUGAAAGACUAGGGGUUUAAAUACCUGGAUUCUUACCCCUACUUCCUUCAGCACCAUAGCUCUGACACCCACUGUGAGCUGACAGCAAAGGAAAAAACGGGUUACUGCCCCCUCAGAACCCUCCCUUCUACUCCUCAGGUCUGCUCUCAGCAGCUCUGUGCCCAUCCCAGUGCUGUGGGGUGAGAUUGGGACAUGAACACACACACACACUUUCUGGAGAAAGUAGAGUUCUCAAGUCACCAUGGGGCUGUGGGACACUGUACCUGGUUAGCCACUUUCACAGCAUGGAAGUUGGACUUGGCAGUCCCUUCCAGUUCUGGCUUCCUCUCAGACUGGGAUUACAUGAAUCUGAGAAACCAAGGUCCUGCCUAUCGAAGAGUGUAAGGUUCUGGAGCCAUUUAGGAGGACUUUCUGGACAGGGCUUGCAUAUAGGAAGAGGAGCAAGCAUUCUGGGUAGGUCGAAUAGCAUGAGCAAUGGCUGGGAGGCAGGCCUGCAAAGCAGAGAUUGGGGUAAACUCUGGUGGGAGCCAAGUCAAGGAGCUUAUACUAGCCCUGGCUCAAGAGAAUCUGUAUUUCCUCCUCUCUGGUACCUGCCCUGCCAGCUCCGUGCAGGGUGGGAGUGUGGAGAUGAUCUUAGAGAUGCCCGCCUAAGCUCCAGACUUCACUCAGCUCCUACCCAGCCUUGCCACUUGCACAUCUAAUGCCAGACUUUCCAUGUCCCUCCACGCCUGGAUCAUGACCCCCAACCCUGCUCCCCUAUGUCUCUCCCAUCUCAGGUCAUGUCAGCUCUGUCCUUCCAGCUGCCCAGCUAACACCCAUAAGUCACCAUGACCCGCCCUCUCUCACUUCCCACAUCCAAGCUGCCAUCCAGUUCUCCUGACUCCACCUUCAAAACAUAACUAGAAUCCACCCACUUCUCACCAUCUCCACUGCCAUCAGCCUGGUCUGGACUAUUGCUUGCCCUGGACUAUUGUAGUAGCCUCCUCACUAUUCCCCCUACUUCUGCCCUCACCUCCCUGGAGCAUCCCCCUCUUACAGCAGCCAGAGGGAUUUUUUGAGUCCAUGCCCCCAUCUUACUCCCAAAUAUGCCCAAGUCACUGGGGUAACAAUGCUCCCAGGAGAAAAUCAGAACCCAGUCCUAGCAGGGUCAGCAAAGGUUGUGUGGCUUGUACCCAGUUCUGGGAGGACAGGAGGGCAGAGGCUUGAAGUCCACUACUCAAGUGCUGAUAUCUACCCUGACUGAAGCCCCCAAAACCAGCCUGAAAUCCCCAGCAGGGUUGUGCCAGUGUGUGCGGGCAAGCUGUGUACUCAGUCUAUGUAUGUCUGCAUGGGGGGUGUGCUUGGAGACACAGUAGGCACACCUGUGUCCCUGACACCAAGUAUGUGCAUGCACAUGCACACACAUGUGACCAGAGCUGGGGUCCCUUUGGGACAGUUCCUGGCCAAUGCCUGCUCUGGCCAGAGGGGGUGUCCACAUGGUUCAAACAGUUAAGUAUUUCGUACACGCACAGCCCAGCACACAUGUAACUUCCUUCUUCUUGUGUCCCUGCAGCCUGCCCUUGAACAAGGACCCAAUGCCCAACCCCAGGCCAGCCAAGCCCUUGGCCCCUUCCUUGGUACUCAGCCCAUCCCCAGGAGCCUCGCCCAGCUGGAGGGCUGCACCCAAGGCCUCAGACCAGCUGGGCACCAAGAGCCCGGGGACAAUUUUCCAAGGCCGGGAUCUCCGAAGUGGGGCCCACACCUCCUCUUCCUCCUUGAACCCCAUGCCACCAUCACAGUUGCAGAUGCCCACAGUACCCCUUGUCAUGGUGGCACCCUCUGGAGCUCGGCUGGGUCCCUCGCCCCAUUUGCAGGCGCUCCUCCAGGACAGGCCACACUUCGUGCACCAGCUCUCAACGGUGGAUGCCCAUGCCCGGACCCCUGUGCUGCAGGUGCGCCCACUGGACAGCCCAGCUAUGAUCAGCCUCCCGCCACCCACUGCUGCUACGGGGCUCUUCUCUCUCAAGGCCCGGCCCGGCCUGCCACCUGGAAUCAACGUGGCCAGCCUGGAGUGGGUGUCCAGGGAGCCAGCACUGCUCUGCACCUUCCCAAGCCCUGGCAUGCCUAGGAAAGACAGGUCAGUGUGCAGGGCUGGGAAGGCUCCCUGCCCUGCCACCCCCGCCCCUGACACUCUUUGUCCCCCCAGCACCCUUUUGACUGUGCCCCAGGGCUCCUACUCACUGCUGGCAAAUGGUGUCUGCAAGUGGCCCGGAUGUGAGAAGGUCUUCAAGGAGCCAGAAGACUUCCUCAAGCACUGCCAGGCAGACCAUCUCCUGGAUGAGAAGGGCAGGGCGCAGUGUCUGCUCCAGAGGGAGGUGGUGCAAUCUCUGGAGCAACAGCUGGUGCUGGAGAAGGAGAAGCUGGGUGCUAUGCAGGCCCAUCUGGCUGGGAAGAUGGCCCAAACCAAGGCUCCAUCUGCGGCAUCAUCUGACAAGGGUUCCUGCUGUAUCGUAGCCACUGGCACCCCAGGCACCACCGUCCCGGCCUGGCCAGGACCCCAGGAGGCCCCCGAUGGCCUGUUUGCCGUGCGGAGGCACCUCUGGGGCAGCCAUGGAAACAGCACAUUCCCAGAGUUCUUCCACAACAUGGACUACUUCAAGUUCCACAACAUGCGUCCCCCUUUCACCUAUGCCACCCUCAUCCGCUGGGCCAUCCUGGAGGCUCCUGAGAAGCAGCGGACACUCAACGAGAUCUACCAUUGGUUUACACGCAUGUUUGCCUUCUUCAGAAACCACCCGGCCACCUGGAAGAAUGCCAUCCGCCACAACCUGAGCCUGCACAAGUGCUUUGUACGCGUGGAGAGCGAGAAGGGGGCUGUGUGGACCGUGGAUGAGUUUGAGUUCCGCAAGAAGAGGAGCCAGAGGCCCAGCAGGUGUUCCAACCCCACACCUGGCCCCUGAUCUCAGAGCCAAGAAGAGAAAGGAGGACAGGGGAGGGGAUCGAAGUGGCUGGGGGCAGGGGUGACCAGCCCUGGACAUGCCCGCAGGGACCAAGAAGUAAGGUGUGCACUGUCCUGCCAGUCAGGGACCCCACUCCCCAGCUGACCACCCUCUUGGAUUACAUGCUCUGCACCAAGGAUGCUCAGAGGGACCCCAGGCCCAGCCCUGCACCCACUCCCCAGCCCCCUGUGACGGGCUCCUCAGCCAAACUGAGACUUCACAACCAGUCACACACAUAGCCUGCCUCAGUCACUCACAGUUGACCUUGGAACUGGAAAAGGACACAUAAGAGUCACAAUCCUGUCCCCUGGACUCGAUACAAAACCCCAAAAACAUGAAGAGCCUGCCUCAGUACACUCACACCACCUCAAGUUUGCAGUCACACAGUCACACCCACACACAGUCAACCCACGUCCCCCAAAGCACAUACCCACAGCUGGCUUCCAGGCCCACAGGUGCAGUGUCACAUGAGGCAGGCCCUGACAACAGCACAGAAGCAGCCUUAGGACCUUCAGGAAGUCAGGCUCCAGAAAGCCACCCAGACGCAUGCACGCAGGUCACACAUGGUAACGCAUGGCUCCCGACAAACAUGCUUGGUCACACAGACUCUGAACUCACCAGCACAUCUCAUGUGCACAUACACACCCACAUGGCACCAAGGGGCCUCCGGAGUCCCAGGCAGAUGCCCAGGGCUACACACACCAACUCACCAAAUGUAUCCAGUGUCUCACCUGCCACCCACCCCUCCCCCACCCUGAGCCCUGCACCCUGUUCCAUGCCUCAGCUUUGACUGCAGACAGAGCCCCUCAUUUAUUUGAGAUCCAAGACCCCAACCCCCGCCCCAUGCCCUCCACAAUAAACUGAAGCCAAGCUCCCA